UUUUGAUAAAAGUUACAAGAAAAUAAUUACAAAUUCUGUUUCUUUGUUCUUUCUCUUGGGACGAAUCUGGAACAUAGUGAAAGCUAUGGUUAUGUACGGAAAGGAGCAUGGAAGGACGGUGAAUCGAACAAUCACAUAUCAGAGGGAGGAGUGGCACUGAAGAAAGGGCCAUGGACGGCGGCGGAAGAUGAGAUGCUUGCGUCUUACGUUAGGGAGAACGGUGAAGGAAAUUGGAACUCCCUUCAGAAAAAUACAGGCUUGACUCGUUGCGGUAAAAGUUGUCGUCUUCGUUGGGCCAAUCAUCUCCGACCCAAUCUCAAGAAAGGUUCUUUCACUGACGAUGAAGAACGUAUCAUUAUUCAGCUUCAUGCUCAGCUCGGUAACAAAUGGGCUCGCAUGGCCGCUCAGGUACAAACAAAUAAUCUCAAUAUUUAUAAACUUGUUGUUAUUAUCCAAGCUAUUAGAAAAUAUAACCUAUAUUUUUUUCAAUUUGGUUUAAUAGUUACCGGGAAGAACAGAUAACGAGAUCAAAAACUAUUGGAAUAUGAGGCUGAAACGCCUUCAACGUCAAGGACUCCCUCUUUAUCCUCCAGAUAUCAUCCUUUACCAUCAACUCCAUAAACAUAACCAUUAUCAUGAUCAACAACAUCAACAUAACCAAAUGUAUUUUCAACCACAAUCUUCAGAACCAAGUACACCAUCAUCGUCUCCUCUUCCAUCUCCAACACCAGUAAACGCAAACGCCUCAUCAUCUUUCACUUUCCAAACCACAAACGCAUCAACCGCUAAUCUCCUCCAUCCUCUAAGCUCUCACACUCCAACCACACCGCCUCAAUCGCCCUUUUCCUCACCUUUAUCUUCCCCUCAAAACAACCAAUACACCACCCUUCCUGUUUUCUCCCUCUCGUGUUCCCAAAACGUGAACUUCACUUUCCCUAGAACCCCACCUCUCCUCCAACCACCUUCAUCAUUUCUUGACAAACGCUACAACAAUGCUAACACUUCUCUCAACUGCAUCAACCGCGUUUCAACCGCACCAUUUUCCCUUUUUACAAGAGAAUCUUACACUUCCUUUCUCACAUUACCUUACUCUUCCCCAACCGCUCAAAACGCUACUUACUAUAACACUAAUAACAUUUACUCUUCCUCUCCUUCAUUCUCUUUAAACCCUUCACCUUCUUCUUACCCUACUACAUCAUCUUCUUCCCCAAGCUUUCUUCACUCAUAUUACACUCCUAAUUCUUCUUCCACCUCCUUUCAUACAAAUACAACUUACUCCAUGAAACAAGAGCUCCCUUCAAACCAAACUCUCCAGAUAUGUGCCUUCAAUAAUGUCAACAAUUUCACAGACAAUGAAAAACAUAACAGUACUGGUUUUCAUAGAAGAAGUAUUAGCUGCAGCCUCUUAGAGGAUGUCCUCAAGGAGGCUGAGGCUCUAGAGGAUAUAAGCGUAGACCGACCUCCAAAACGGAGACAACUCACAGCUUCUCCUCCAAAAAACCACAACAACAAUGGCGACUUCUUCUCGGUUAGUUUCGGACAAUAUGGUUCGUCUGAAAACACAUGUUCCUUACAAGAUUUAAAAUCAAAGGAAGAAGUGUCUCUUCAAAUGAACACAAUGCAGGAGGACGUAGCUAAGUUUUUUGACUGGGAAAGUAAUAGUGGAGAGAUCUUGAAUGGACAAUCAUCUGUUGUCACUGACGACAAUCUUGUUCUUGAUGUUCAUCAAUUUGAAUCACUAGCGGCAAACUACGAACAAAACAAUAAUAAUAACUGCUCAUGGGACGACUUGCAUGAAAUCAGAUAGAAAAAGUCUGAAAAAUAAUCUACAGGCCAAGAUCAUGAACAUACGAAGAUUUCUUUCAUGAUUUCUUUUAUUGUAUUAUAUCAUUAAAAUUUUACUUGUAUCCGUUGUACAUUUUUUUCCAAUCCUAUUUGAUCCUUUAAUUUUGUGAAUAUGGAUACGUUGAUGUACUGUUCAUUAAACUCUUUCAUUUUUAGUGUAAUGUUAAAUUAAACUCCUUUAAAAAAAAUAAAACUCCAUUUUCUUCACUACUUUUAUAUUUCUUUUCUACCAAGGACAUUUAAACCAAUCUUUAAACCAGUGUUUUAAAUUUCGGGAAACAAAAAAUUAUAAGAACAAUUUUUUUAUUAGCUUUAGAAAUUAAUCAAAACUUAAGCUCUCAAUGUUAUUCUUUUUCGAUCUUAUGGAACACCUUUCCAUUAUACCUCUAUUUAUAUGAAAUACAAUAUAUUUUAACAACUGAAAUAUGAAAAACACAAACCUAACCUAAAUAUUUUUUUACUGUGACCACAAUACCAUUUUAAACUGAAUAGAGAAUAAGCAGAAACAAAAACAUUCAUCUUCCAUCAGUAUUUGUAUAGCCACCCAUACUUUUGUGAUUAUUGAUACGUCAUUUAUUCUGCGUACUCUCCACCACUCCCUAGGCAGAACCGGAUGUAAGUUUUUUUUUUUAUCAACGAACAUUCCA